AUGACUCAAUUCAAAGUUGCUCUAUGCAGAAAUUAUGUCUCCGGCGAGAAAUGGGUCCAAGACAUAGUUGACUCAUGGUAUCGCACCAUCGAGGGACUUUUCCCUGGUGCAGCAAUUGACCUUUUCCAUCCUAUUGAGGGAACACCAUUUCCAAACGCCCAAGACUAUAAUUUGAUCAUUUUGACAGGGGGAACUUUCAAUCUAACCCAGGAGCAAGUGGAUCCAUGGGUUGAAGAUACUUUCCAAUUUAUCAACACAACGACCAGAGACCACCCGAAAACAAAGAUUUUGGGAAUUUGCUGGGGCCAUCAAGUAGUCGCGCGUGCACUUGGUGGAAAGAUUGGAACCGUUAAGACAGAGCGAGUUGUUGGUGUCCAAAAUAUUGCCACGACACAAGAGGGAAAAUCCUUUUUUGGACUAGAUAAGGAAAAUAUCGCAAUCCACAAGUUCCAUAAGAGGGUAGUGACUAUUGCUCCUCCUGGAUAUAUUCCACUAGCAACGGAAAACGAAAUUCUUCUGUCUGACGCGCAUAAUGUCCUUACCUUCCAAGGGCAUCCCGAGAUGAUAGGCGAUAUGGCCAAGGAAAUCCUGGACGCAGACACAGGCGCUUUCACCUCGGGCCUCAGCAAGGAGGAGCUUGGUGAAAUAUUUGAAAGCGUUAAAAGGCCUCAUGACGGAGACGCCCUCUUUGAGCGGAUUGCCAUCUGGGCUCGGAGCUAG